ACCAACACGCACUGACACACAACACUCCACUCCACUCCACUCUACACAGCACAGAUCUCGCAGUCGCAGGCAUCCAAAACGCAGCGUCACGUCUCUCAACAGAGAUGAGUCUCCCAUUCUCAAUCCUCACAUUCCUUCUCCUACUCUUCCUCUCCUCCUCCGCCGCCGCAGCACGAAAAUCCGAUGCGCCCACAGAUGAUAUCGUCCGUUCAUCGUGCGUCCAUGCCAGCUACCCCAACGUUUGCGUACGCACUCUCUCGUCCUACGCGGGCUCCGCCUGCAAGACUCCUCGCGAUCUGGCCCGAGCCGCCGUCAAUGUGAGCCUCUCCAGGACCCGCCGAGUCUCCAGCUACCUCGCCCAUAUCUCGGCCGGCGACAGCAAGAGACAGCGUGAGGCGCUGAGUGACUGCACGGAGCAGAUAUCGGACUCGGUGGACUCACUGAGCAUGACGCUGGGUGAGCUUCAGCACCUUCAAGGUGGCGAGACUUUCGAGUGGCACAUGAGCAACGCGCAGACCUGGGUGAGCGCGGCCUUGACCAACGAUGACACUUGUCUCGAUGGGUUUGAGGGCAUUGAUGGGAAGGUCAAGUCUGAUGUGAAGCGGAAGGUCACGAAUCUGGGUAGGGUUACUAGUAACGCGCUCUACAUGAUCAAACGCCUUGAUGAGAGUCGUGGCAAGCAUCUUUGAUGAUGGACGGCCGUCGUUUCUCCGCUCCCAUUCCCCAUAUAUAUGAUAUGCCGCUUCUGAUGAGUUUCGAUAGUAAUUUAAAUCUUUUUGUUGUCCAAAAGUUGUAUGUAAUAUGUAUUGCUAUAUGUUUUUACUAUCUACUGCUUAUCAAUCGUAACGGAACUUGUAUUUUUCUUCCAGAA